AUGACUAAUAUGCCGAACACGUGCUCAUGGAUAGCAGCACAAGUGUUGCACCCCCAUGCCAAUCUAGACGCCUCACGAACCCCACCACCCAGCCUGCACCCACGGCCUCUGUCCAACCCACACCCACCGACUCUGGCAGGCAUCGCUGAGUGGGGCGACGAGGAUGGUGAAUGUGAGAGCAAAGAGGAUGGCAAAGGGGGACAGGACGACAAAGGUGAAGGCGAAGAGGACAACAAAAGCGAUGCCGAAGAAGACGACAAAGGUGAAGAAGAUGACAAAGGUGAAGAGGAUGACAAAGGCAUAGAGGACGACAAAGGCGAAGACAACGUGCAGAUCAGAGACCCCACUGCCAACGACCAUCCACACGCCUACGACCAGCCAACCACCAAUGACAACCCAACCACCAACGACAACUCAACCGCCGCCAAUGGCAACCCAACCACCGUGAAUGACAACCCAACUGCUGCCAACAACAACCCAACAGCCAAAGACCAGCCCAUCACCAACGACAAAGAAACUGCCAACAACAAGCAUGCCACCAACCUGCAAUCCAUCAAUGACAUGCAAACUGCCAAGCACCAGGCCACUGCCAACAAUGAACACCCAGAGACCAGCAGCAUGAAUGCCAACGCCCACGCUCAAGCAGAAGGGGGCGUGAACGUGAACCACACCAUCAAACCGAAGCCGAAAGCUAAGUCCAAGCCCAAGCCCAGUGUUGGCAAGGAAGUUAUGACAAACAAAACAGAUGUUGGCCCUAUGUCUCAAGGACAUCCAACUGAGCAUGCCACUAAUAGAAAUCAGCCAGAACCUGGGCAAGGUGCUGAAGAUGUGGUCAUGGCUAGUCCACCAAAGACAAAAAUCCCAGCAUAUGGCUCAUCAUGCUCAACUGGUGGAGUCAUUAGAGGUAAAGCUCAUGGCAACACCUUCAACAUGGGUGAUGCGGAUGCAGUCUGGGAUGAUAUGAAUGUGUUUUCAUACAAUCCUUCUGAGAAACCAGUUCCAGGCAAAAUUCACACCUAUGUCUCUGAUCUGAAUCUGCCUGAGGUCGACAUCAGCCAAUCUUCCUUUGUCACCAAGGUCCAUGACAUCAGCAAAUGUCAGACUGUCCAAGAUAUUGCUCGGCAUAGCUCUGAAGACUAUUCUCCUAUUUGCCGUAGAACACCCUUCCAAGUUGGCAAGUUCCAACCACUCCACCCUUAUGACGUGCGGGGUGGGAUUGGAGCGUUUGGAGCAACUACCGAAACGGUGCUAGAAUGUGGAGCAAUAGGCAGCCCGCGCGCAUAUGGGCAUCAUGGUUUACAUAGCCACGGCCUAAAACGGAUGUUUAUGCACAACCAAAGGCGCAAAGUGGAAUUUCAGAUGUGGUCUACGAUUAUGCAUCCUGCCUAUUGUCUUUUCAUCCAUGAUGAAGAAGAUGGCUGGAAUAUUCAAGGGCAUUAUGAGACUAUUGUAGGGUGUCAACCAAAAGCAGAAGACUAUGUUGAAUGGCCUGAUCAGAAGGUUAUUCAAUUUUUGGCAACUACAUAUGAUCCGAGUCAUUCUGUAUCUGUACCAGGCUUUGCUGGCCAUUUUGGUACUUCUCAAGGGACUCAGUCUCAUUCUGCAGGAACUUGGUCUCUUUCUGCACAUUCUGGCUCUCAUACUGGCUCUCGUACAGGCGGGUCUCAUGCUGAUUCCCAUCCUAUCUCAGAACAAGGCUCUUCUAAGGAUCAUUGGCUCAUGGGCAAAACAAUAACUCCUGCCUUAAGAAAGUGUCUUAUUCAAGAGCUUGGUAUUAAUGCUACAUUCAACAACUGUUCUGCACCAGGUCUUCAAUUCACUUGGGGUCGAUACCAGGAAUGUACAGCUGCUAUUGCCAAGGCUCGAGAAAUGCUCAAUGCUGGGAACUGGCCUGCAGACCUUCCUCCUUUCACAGAGUUUAUUGUUAUAGAGGUCUUCAUUGGGAAAUCUGCUUGGCAUGCUAACUAUGUCAAUGCAUUUUUGAAGAUCACUGAUGAGGAGACUCAAUUCCCAGAAAUGAGAGACUGGUUGGACAGUGACCCUGAACAAGUUCAUCAUUCUGAUACUGAACGAAUUUGGGGUGUUCAGGACCAGACAAACUUAGUUUCAGUUGUUCCAAACAUUUUUGACAAAUCUCUGGUUACUCUUGGUUAUCUUGGUUGCAGCAUUAUAUGCACUGUAUUCUCUCUUGCUAUGGGUCUUUGCCAUGCCUUUGUUACUUUGCCACUAUUUAUGAAGCUAGUUAUCAUUGUGGCCAUUAUGCCAUUUGUCUCUGCAUCUCCAACAACUCAGCCAUUUCCUGACAUAUCAUUCAGAGAUUUCAGUGCACUUGUGGAACAGACAUUUGGCUCCCAAAUAUCCACUGUACUUCUUCUUUUGUUUACAAUGACUGAAAAUCCAGAGUUGCUCAAUUUACAUGCUCGUCAAUAA